ACUCAUCUUUUUGUAUACAAGAUCUUGUGGGCUUCUGUGCCCUCAAAUCCCACUAGCAUUGGGCUUGAUCCUGCUUCCAGUAAUGUCAAUGGGAGUUUUGCCAAUGACUUUGAUGAGAGCAUUAUACAGCCCAUUAAUGAAAGCAUACAGCACCUCACAAGAUCAGGCCAGAGAGAGACAAUAGCUCUGAACCUAUGAGGCGCUGACUGUAAGCUCUUUGGGACAGGGACUGUCCCCGAUUGAGGCCCUUAGGCACUACCGCAAUACAAUUAAUAAUUAUAAAUAAAUCCUACUUAAUCCAGGCCUGCUCCCUUUGGCACCCUUGACUAGAAUGAGCCACUAAACUCACUGGGAGUUUGAAAGAGCACUGCACUUCACAGGAUUAGGUUAGAUCUUUCCUAAAGGGGCACUUCUGGACUAGUUUGCACACAUCCAUUAUUAUUUUAACUUGCAUUUAGCCAAAACAUUCUGGUAUGUUUACCUGAUUUGUCGCUAUUAAUUUCCCGGCUCUUUUCCCUUCUUUUACAGAGUCACUGAGUUAUGAACUGCAACACUAAUGUGUUUCCAAACUGUUCUUGAUUUGGAAAGAUGACGUUUUUAUGCCACUCUGAUAGGGCUGAGAUGUUGUUCUCCGCCAUCCCCCACCCCCAACGCUCCACGUUUGAUAGUGCAUGGAAAAAAAAAAAAACCCCAAAAACCAACCCAGCAGUAAGUUGGCUGAUUCUGGCAGCAAGACAAAUCCAGCACCACACGUCAGGGAGGAAGAGAGCGCAUUGCUCAUCCUUUCAGUUUUGUCUGUGUAAGGGAAUGCUGGACAUCAACAGACAACAAAGGAGGCUGCAGGAAGAACUGCUGAACUGCUUCCAAACCCCACUACUUUUACCUCUUCUGAUUGUAAUAUACAGAUGUCAGAAGACGAGACAGACAAGGUAAAAAUCAGAGCAACUGAAAGCUAUCAAAAUGACAAGCAAAAUAUUCCUUGGUUGAAUGAAGAAUUGGCCAGUCCUAUCUUACAGCCUCUUGGAGACUCAGAUAACCAGCUUACAAGUGAAAAACAUAAAGACAAGAAACCUAUUAAAGGUAUUAUGAGUUCAGUGUCGGAAUUCAGCAUCACAGACGCUCCAUCCAAGGACACCAAAAAUGAGAAGAAAUUGUCAGACUCUAGUACAUCAUCAUUAUCUUCCCUUGAGAAGUGCAGGACACAAUUCACCUACAUCGAAAAUGAUGCAUCAGUUCAUCAGAGAGACAGUGAUGAUGAAUGUGCAUCACUUAUCCUGGCCUGCUUGUUCUGCCAAUUUUGGGACUUUCUUAUAAUGCUGCCUAAUACCUGUGAAAAUUGGUUGAUAAAUAUGUGCUGUCCAUCCUAUAGAUAUCACCAUACCUCCAGUGAAAACCACUCCAACAAUGACUGCAACUGUGAGUGUGACAUUGAUUGCAGCAUUUUUGAAUCCUGUCAUGAAACCAGUGAAUGUCUGGAACUUGCCUUGGAGAUUUCUGAAGUCUGUUAUCGCUAA